UCGUGAGUAUUUUAUGCAUCCUUCACCUUGUCGUUUCUCAGUGUUUAUAUGAUUUAUGAAUGAAAUCUAACCUCGCUUUUGAUAAAUUUUCGUGCUCGUUCUCCUGUGAUUUCUAGGCGAUUUUUAUUAUUUAUUUAUACGAAACUGUUUAUUAAACUUCCUUCUUUUUAACGAUUAUCAUUUUGCUCGCGAAAGUGUGCAUAAUCCGUGUGAAGUGUACAAUUUCUACACCUCUGUUUUUACCACAGUUUUGCUAAGUAUAUAAAGAUUCAUUCAAGAAAUUAAAAUGGACGAACUGGUUAUGUUGGAUUUGCUGGACGCCGAAGAGGAAGCAGAAGAAGUUGUCCGUGUUCAAAGACCCCGGGCUGACGCAAUUGCCAUUCUUAGCGAUGUCCAGUUUAAAAACAUGUUUCGUUUUCCCAAGGAACUGUUUAGGAUUAUUGUGGAGGUGUUGUCCCCCCAUAUGAGACCAACAAAUCGAGCUUCAGAUUUGGAGAUUCCCAUUCGUAUAUUGAUUGCAUUACGCUUUUUUGCUUCGGGAUCUUAUCAGAUGGAUGUAGGCUCCAACUUGUUCAUGUCUGUCUCCCAACCGACUGUAAGUCGAUGCAUCAGUGAAGUGAGCGAUGCUUUCAAUGUCCCAGCGAUUUUCAAUCGAUUUGUAAGAUUCCCUCAUAACUUCGAGGAACUGGACCGAGUACGAAUGGGUUUUUUCGAAAAGUACAACUUCCCUGGUGUUGUCGGCUGUAUAGAUUGUACUCACGUGGCAAUUGUGGCGCCCCCCGCGGAAGAUCCCGAUCGACCAGGACACUUGUACAUAAAUCGCAAAGGAUUUCAUUCGAUAAACGUUCAGCUCAUUUGCGAUUCAAAUCUUAAGAUAUUGAACGUAAAAGCAUCUCAUCCUGGAAGUACCCACGAUGCAUUCAUUUGGAAUAAUUCUAAUGUCCAAGAGGUAAUGCGUACCAUCCAUGCAGAGAGACGAGGAACCUAUUUUUUACUUGGAGAUAGUGGCUAUCCUUUACGGCCUUGGCUUUUAACACCUUUGGAAGUUGAACCUGAAGAGGGUACACCAGAACACAAUUACAACUGUGCCCAUAAACGCGCAAGGGCUUCCAUAGAGCGCUGCAACGGUGUUUUGAAAAGCAGGUUCCGGUGUCUUUUGAAACAUCGAGUUUUACAUUAUUCCCCUCAUAGGGCAGCUCUAAUUAUAAAUUCGUGUGUAGUUUUGCAUAAUAUUUGUAUGGAGCGCAAUUUGGUGGAGGAUCUGGAUGAGUUUGAUAAUCAGGACAUUAAUGACGGACUGUUUAACAUGGACAUGGAAAAUGAAGAACCAGCAGCAGCACAUUACAUUAAUCCUGAACUGGUUGAAGGACGUAGAGUCCGGACUGCACUGAUUGCUGGCCGAUUCAUAAAUAAUUAAUUUGUUAAAAGUCGUUUGAGAGAGCAAUUAUGUUUAAUUAAUAUUUUCAUAAAAAUCUGGCAUAUUUUUCACAAUGUAAAUGUGAAUGAAUUGCUAUAGGCUUGACAAUAUUUCAUAAAACAGAAUUCGUGAAAUCUUAUCAAACUAGACCUUGAAUAUUUUGGUAUGCUACAUUUGUGGUUAACCUCUGUACGAAUCACUCACAUUUAAUAUAGAUCAAUGCUUGUAUAGUUAUUUUCUAGUUUAGCUUAUUACUUAUCGUCAUAAUCACUAGAGCUGGCGUGUGAUUAUAUAAGAAAUUCUGUAUAAAAUAGGUUCUCACCUACUGAAAUACAUGUGUUGAUGUACAUUUCAAAUGUGCACAAUAGAAUAAUCAUAAACUAGUAGACACAAUCACUACAGAC